AUGGAAUGGCACUUCAAGGAAUGUGGAAAGCUGGCAGAACACCAAUCACUUGGUGAGUGCAAAGAGUUCAUUUCACGCAAAAAAUUGAUGAAGAAGCUCAAAACGCGGUACAACAUGGGCAAAAAGUAUGCCCAACCGAUAGAGAAAGUCUUGCCCCAUACCAAGUCUAAGGUCAAAAUAUAUCGCCGACAUGCACGAGAUCUUGUCGAAAGCCUUCUGACUGAUCCACGAUGGAAGGAUGAGGAUUGGCUGUUCUUCGAUAACGAGAACGGUGAACCAGAUCCUUUUGCACCACCCCCCAACGAUUUGAAGCAAAUUGGGGAUCUCAAUACAGGAUUAGCAUAUCGUGAGACGUACAAGAAGCUGAUCACCAAACCUGACAAGCAAAUUUUGGGCCAGGGACAAAGAACAUUCAUGGAGGGCCCUCGGAUUGGUGAUCGAGCAACUACACAAAAGAAGAUUCAAGAGGACAAAAUUUUUUUCACCGAGUCGGGCCAUGUUGCGGCCGAGGAUGCGGCAAGGGAAGCAAAUGCAAAUGAUCAGGCAGCAGGCCAGUACACCGGAAAGGAAGGGGAUCCAGACAAGGCGGCCGCUAUCAUUUCAUCCUGGAGGAGCUCCUGA